AUGGGAGUGUUCACUUUCGUGUUGAGGACCUCAGGAGGAGAGUGGAGCGCGAAGCAGCACAAUGGAGACCUUGAGGCCUCUGCUGCCUCCACAUUCGAGCUCCAGAGGAAGCUCGUCCAGACCGCUCUCUCUACCGAUUCUUCCGGUGGGGUCCAGACCUCCUACUCUCCAGUCACUCCCACAUCAGCCGUCUUCCAGGUGAUCGUUGGUGGUGGCGGCGGCGGUGGUGCCUUUAUUGGAGGUGGAGCUGCUGCAGCUCCUGGAGGUGGUGCGGCAGCUGCAGAGGCUCCUCCAGUCGAGGAGAAGAAGGAAGAAAAGGAGGAGAGCGAUGAUGACAUGGGAUUCUCUCUCUUUGAUUAA